AUGCGACAAAUACCUCUCUCUUCUGAACCUUUUCGUCUCCUCCUGCCUGCUGCUGCCAUGGGUCUCUUCAGUCUCGCAUGCUCAUGCCUUGGGGUUCUUCGUCUGCACAUCUUUAGCCUUUGCGCUGCAUGUGGCGUGGCUUUGCUGCUGCGUGGUCAUGGCUCGCCCUCUCCUCUGCCUCAACCUUUGCGCUGCUGCUUUGUGUCCCGUCACUUCCCCUCUCUCUACACACCCCCGGAACGCCAUCAGGACAAGCUGGUGGCGUUGAGACAAGCUGGUGGCGUUGAGUGGGGAGAGCGAGUAUGCAUCGUCACUGGCAUGGGGGAGGGUGGCAGUGAUAGUGGACGAGGGCCCCCACCUCAACCUCUUCUCCACGGCACCUCUUCCUUCCUCCGCUUCUCUCCUUCCCUCCCCCUCCACAUACCCCCGGAACGCCAUCAGGACAAGCUGGUGACGUUGAGUGGGGAGAGCGAGUAUGCAUCGUCGCUGGCAUCGGGGCGGGUGGCAGUGAUAGUGGAUGAGAAUCCGUACCUUGCUGUCUUCACAUCGCACUUCUGUGACGUCAUGCAGGCCCAACAGCCCUUCUCCUCCCUCAACCUCGCCUUUGCUUUCCAGAAGGGCAGUGCCCUGGGCCACGACAUCUCUAAUGCCAUUGGUGCGCUGCGCAUGACACAGGAGGUGGAGAAGCUUCAUGCCAAGUACUUCAGUUCUGAGAGCGUCUGCCCUCAGAAGACCACUGCGGUGCAGUUCGGUAUACAGCGGUUCGGAGGCCUGUACAUCAUCUACCUCGUCGUCUCUACAGCCUGCUGUAUCAUCUAUGUUGCGCUCCUCAUCUACCGCGGUUACCGCUACGUGCGGGAGAAGGGUGUUCAGUCACUAGUGGACAAGGUCAAGAGCUUUGGCAGGGAGCCGCCCGGCGGCAGCACUGAGGAAGGCGUUGACCUGGUUGACUCUGAAGACUCUCUUGGCUCUGACAAGGACCGCUUUGGCCCCCUGCCUGGUUCCCAAAUGAGCAGAGGGAGCACUGGGAGAGGAAGCAGAGGGAGCUUGGAAAGUGGAGAAUUACGGGAGAGCAUUGGUAGUGGGAGCAUGAGAGAGAACAAAAGAGGAAGUAUGACAGCAGGGUCCAGCAGCAGACCACCAAGAAUCCCACAGCCCGUCCUCUCCCGUGCAUCAGAGUCAUCCCUGGGCAGCAAGAGAAGGCGAGGAUCUCACGACGGGCAAGAAGAUGAGAGCGCUGCAGAUGGGUUGAGCAGAGAGAGGGCAGCACAUGCCAGUGGAACUUCUCACAGAGAGCCAGUAUCCUACAGAGAUGGGGUGGCUAUUAACGAGCAAGCAGGAGGGAAGGAGGCGGCUGGAGGAGAGGAGCAAGGCAGCAGGGACAAGGAGCAUCUCACACCCUCCCAUUUUGAUACUCACGCCUGCACCAGCCUUGCCACCAGCACUGCUAUCAGCCCGAGCAGAAGCAACCAUUCAAGCCUCGCCUCCCAGCCAAGCAGUGGCACCAACUCAAGCGCAGCCUCUCGGAUGUUGAAACUUCCCAGGCUGACUUCAAUCGUCCCCCGUCUGCCCUCUGCUGAAAACACUUUCCCCACAAACCGCUCUCUGCCCUCCUCUACGGUCCCCACGCGGCCGCCAUUUGAACUCCCCGCUCUGCCGCCCGCGUCCACUCUGCCGGCCUUUUCCAGCCUGCCGUCGCUGGGCUCCAUUGACUUGCCAAGAAUGGAGUCCUUUCACACCAAGGUGGACAGCCUUGUGGAUAAAUUUCACAAGGGCAAGGAAUGGAGCAGGGAGAGGCACCUGUCGGCCUACAACGCUCAACCACAGCAGAGCACCACAGCAUUUGAGUUCCGAUCGGCCUCUGCCUCUUCUGCUCACAGCCUUGCCUCACCUGCCUCUUCUGCUCACAGCCUUGCCUCACCUGCCUCUUCUGCUCACAGCCUUGCCUCACCUGCCUCUUCUGCUCACGGCUUUCCAUCACCUGCAUCUUCGAUCUCCUCUGAAAGCCCAUCAGGGCUGCAACGAAAGGCCGCUCUUUGUGGCACUGCUCGAUCGGACCAGGUGCAGCAUCCAGGAGACCAUCAAGUGCAGGAACAAGCACAAGCAACAUCCCACCUUCCUGCAAGUCCAGUCACCCCACACAGCAACUGCCUCCAAAACCCCCCGCUCAAGCUCACAUUCAUCCCUCUUCGGACCAUCCCAUGCCUCCAACAUCCAUCCCACCUACUCAAGGCCCAAUCGGCAACGCCCUGA